AUGGCAAUGGUUUCAGGAGGAUCAACAUUGAACCCAAAUGCCCCUCUCUUUAUCCCUGCUGCUCUUAAGCAGGUGGAGGAUUUCUCCCCUGAAUGGUGGCAACUGGUUACCACUUCCACAUGGUACCACGACUACUGGCUCAGUCAACAGGGCGAGGAUGGCUUCUAUGAUAAUGCCCAGGGUGAUGUUGACAAUGUCGCAGAUUUGCUUCCAGAGACCUUUGAUCUCGAUGCUGGCGAGGACUUCUCCAGUUUAGAAGCUCAGUUUGAGGAGUUCCUUCAAUUGUCUCAGACUGAAAGUAAAAAUGGGUUGGAAACAAGUACUGCGGUCUUGAAGAAUUUGAAGUCACUGGAAGACAAACGUUCCCCAGUGGAGCAAAGGAGGUAUGCUGAGAAGCCUGCCAAGCACGUGAGCCCGAAAUGCAGCCCCCGCUUCAUCCAGCAGCCCCGUUGA